GGCAAUUGGUGAAUUGGUAAGAUGGCGGCUGCGGCGGUAGAGUUUCAGAGAGCACAGUCGCUGCUCAGUACGGAUAGGAAUGCGUCCAUUGACAUUUUACAUGCUAUCGUCAAACGAGACGUCCAAGAUGAUGAUGAAGAAGCUGUGCGUGUCAAAGAACAGAGCAUCUUGGAACUGGGCAGACUGUUGGCCAAGACUGGACAAGCUGCUGAAUUGGGAGGUCUGCUGAAGUAUGUCCGACCGUUCCUAAACUCCAUCAGCAAAGCAAAGGCAGCCCGACUUGUACGCUCCCUGCUUGAUCUGUUCUUGGACAUGGAGGCUGCAACUGGUCAAGAGGUGGAAUUAUGUUUGGAGUGCAUUGAGUGGGCCAAAUCAGAAAAGAGGACUUUUCUACGUCAGGCCCUGGAGGCCCGUCUGGUCUCUCUGUAUUUUGACACCAAACGGUACCAAGAGGCUCUGCAGCUCGGCUCUCAGCUCCUGCAAGAGCUAAAGAAGAUGGAUGACAAAGCUCUGCUGGUGGAGCUGCAGCUGCUGGAGAGCAAGACGUAUCACGCAUUAAGCAACUUGCCCAAGGCCAGAGCAGCUCUCACCUCUGCCAGGACGACAGCUAACGCCAUCUACUGCCCUCCAAAGCUGCAGGCUGCUUUAGACAUGCAGUCAGGCAUUAUUCACGCUGCUGAGGAGAAGGACUGGAAAACGGCGUAUUCGUAUUUCUACGAGGCCUUUGAGGGCUAUGACUCUAUUGACAGUCCGCGUGCCAUCACUGCACUCAAAUACAUGCUGCUCUGCAAGAUCAUGCUCAACUUGCCAGAGGAUGUGCAGGCCCUGAUCAGUGGCAAACUCGCCCUCAGAUAUGCAGGCAGACAGACAGAUGCACUUAAAAGUGUGGCCCAGGCCAGCAAGAACAGGUCACUCGCUGACUUUGAGAAGGCAUUGACAGAAUAUAAAGCUGAGCUUCGGGAUGACCCCAUCAUCAGCACCCAUCUGGCCAAACUCUAUGAUAAUCUGUUGGAACAAAACCUUAUCAGGGUCAUCGAGCCCUUCUCCAGAGUGCAGAUUGAACACAUCUCUGAGCUGAUAAAACUCUCAAAGGGGGAUGUUGAAAGGAAACUGUCACAGAUGAUUUUAGAUCAAAAAUUCCAUGGAAUCCUUGACCAAGGGGAGGGUGUCCUGAUUGUAUUCGAUGAGCCUCCAGUAGACAAAACAUAUGAAGCCGCCCUUGAAACAAUUCAGAACAUGAGCAAAGUAGUGGACUCGCUCUAUAACAAAGCCAAGAAAUUGACAUAGGUUGAGCAUUGGACCCUACAGCCGAGAGCAUGGCCAGUGUAGGAGACCUUGGGGGAAAUGGAGGGAACGAUGCAGACAUCAAGAAAAAAAAGGUCUAACACCCCAUAAACUGACUGGUUCCUGCCGUCCUAUCUGGCUUUCACUUGGACAUUUUUUACCACCUUCCUCAAUGAACGAACUACUUCUAUUACGACGGGAUCACCUUUAUUAUUAAAAUGUUUUGCUGGUAAUGCAUUUCUUUGUAUCAUGGCUGUGCCUAAUCAGCCAUCAGGGAAUCUUCGAAAAAAUAAAAACUCCCCUGCAUUGUAACUGUUUGAAAUGUAUAUACAUAGAUCUCUUAUAGAGCAAAGCUGAUUUGGCCAAUCCAGGGGCCACUGAUUUGAGUUGUAGACUGCAUUCCCUAUAAAACGGUUUAAGGCCUCAGCCCACUCCCCCCAAUGAAUCCCCUGCCUACCUCUCAGUUGAGACAGCAUACUUGGACUUCUGGAAUUCUGGAAAGAUGCUGUUUGGAUGGGGACACGAGUGGUUUUCAUUCCCUGGCCCUUGCAUUCCUGCCCUUCCUCUUUGUAUAUAACGUUGCCAAGCACCUCUAUCUGGCCUGUCAUGCUGUUGCUCUUUUUUUAUAAAGCAAAAAACAUAAUAAAGUCACCAAGAGA